AUGGUCACUCUUCUUCAAGGGAAAAUGAAAUAUGAUGAAGCCGUUCUGGCCCAGAUGGGUUAUCAGCAGGAACUGAAGAGGGAUUGGAAUCUUCUUCAAAAUUUCGGCGUCUCGUUCUCCAUCAUCAGUGUGGUAACUGGAAUCACAACCCUAUUCUCGACAGGUCUCAAUGUAGGGGGACCAGCAGUGAUGACGUGGGGUUGGAUUGGCGUCUCAAUUAUGACCACCUUGGUAGGAUUAAGCAUGUCAGAAAUCGUCUCGGCCAUUCCGACCAGCGGGGGUCCUUACUUCUGGUCAGCCGUUCUCGCAAAACCUACCCAAUCUGCACUUGCAGCGUGGAUCACUGGCUGGUUCAAUUUAGUUGGACAAGUAGCGGUCACAGCUGGAAUCAACUACGGAUGCGCGAAUCUAAUCUCGUCCACUGCUGAAGCCAUUCAUCCGGAUCGAUAUACACCCACCUCGGGAAAACUCAUCGGGAUUCAUGCAGGCCUUCUCAUUUCUCAUGGACUUAUCAAUACGUUUGGUGUUGGGCUUUUGAGACUAUUCAAUCAUUCUUCCAUCGUUUUACACUCUCUAGGUGUAGGCGCGCUGGCUAUUAUCUUAUCAGCAAAGGCUAGGGUUCAUCAAACCCCUGAAUUCGUCUUUUUCAAGUUCUAUGACGGUACUGGUGGCUGGAGCGAGCGCGCUUCGCCCGCCUACGUAGCUGCAUGUGGGAUUUUGUUUGCGCAAUAUACAAUCACCGGGUUUGAUGCAAGUGCUCACAUGUCCGAGGAGACGAAAAAUGCAGCGUGGUCGGCGCCGCUAGGAGUAUUAACAUCGAUCAUAGUUUCGGCUAUUUUUGGCUUUGGAGUGAUUUUAGCACUCCUGUUUUCGAUACAAGAUUUCGAGGAAACUCUCAGUGCCCCACAACCGGUCUUCAAAAUCCUCGCAGAUGUCUUUGGGCCCGUUGGUGCACAGGUUGCCAUGGGUUUGAUUAUCAUAUGCGUUUGGCACUGUGGAUUGUUUUCGGUGACGAGUAAUAGUAGGAUGAUGUAUGCUUUCGCCAGAGAUGGCGGUCUUCCGCGGAAAAUAUUCGGCGUGGUUGAUCGCAAAUUUGAUUGUCCUAUUAACACCGUUUGGCUUGCAGUUGUUUUGGCUUUUCUGCUAGCUCUACCAAGCCUCGGCUCAUCUGUUGCAUUCACCGCCGCUACGAGCAUCGCAACCAUUGGAUUAUACAUAUCGUAUGGGUUACCAAUUCUUUUGUCAGUGAUCUGGGAUGCACGAUUCAAAAAAGGGCCGUUCCGUUUACACAUGUGGUCGAUGCCAAUUAGAAUCAUAUCAUGCUUGUGGAUCAUCGUCAUAACUGUGUUUUUUUGUCUUCCGACCGCCACUCCAAUUACACCAGAAACUUUGAAUUAUACACCCGUAGUUUUAGGAGUGCUAAUCACCUGGAUCAUCUUGUCUUGGGUAUUUUGGGCCCGGCAAUCUUUCAGUGGACCAUUGGUCCAUGAUGAUCAAAAGAACACAGGUUUUGUCCCUAAUAUCAACAAAAUGCUUUCACAUAUAUUUACAUCUGCUUGA